UGUAACACAAUUUUCGCACUAGUGUGAACCGAGCUCUGCAUUCUUUGGUCCCGUUAUGCUAACACAAUGUUCUAGCCCUUUAAAUGCCAGUGGGCCACUCUAGCGGCCCAGCUGGUACAAGCGAAGAAUGCCAGCGGGCCGCUCUGGUGGCCCUGCUGUCUAUCAGUUUCUAAACGCCUGUAAUUUUUUCUUUGGCUUCAAAUGUCGCGCCAUUAUAUACCACUGUGUAGAUCGGUGUUUGAAGUCACAGAAUCUCCGGUUUUAUAUCUAUUUCAGUAAGAACAGUCCCUCUGUGAAUUAUAUCGCAGUGGAUUACACCAUGGGCCUCUGAAGUCGGUUUUAGUUCAUUGUAUUUGUACCUAUUCGCCUAUAGAUGGCACUUGAAUUCACUUCAGCUGGAAGAAUUAUUCAUCAGUUUAUAUUCUGUCCCACUCUCGUGACCUUCGAGACCUUCGAGACAAUUCUGACCAUUCUGACCCAGCCCAGUACAUGUUCAGUGACUUCAGUGAGGUGCUUUGUUUCUUUGUGUCUGCCUGGUGUAGUACUGUGCAUCGAUUGUGCUAGUGUCUUGUGAUUUACCAUGGCUAGGAGACACGUGAAAGCUGCUGACAUUCCCGGUUUGUACUGUGCAUCGAUUGUGCUAGUGUCUUGUGAUUUACCAUGGCUAGGAGACACGUGAAAGCUGCUGACAUUCCCGGUUUGUUGGAAGAAGAUGUUGUUAGUGAUUUUGAGUUGUCUGACAGUGAAGAUAUCUCUUCAGACAGCAGCGGCAGUGAGAUUUCUACGUCAACUGCCAGCCCUCCGCCGAAACGGAGAUGCAGUUCACCUGUGCGCAUCAGUGAAUCAAGUGACAGUGACCUUGGGGGCACAGUGGAAAGCAUUCAUUGGGAGGAAGUUGCUGAGGAGAGUAAUAUUCAGGCCCAACUCCCUUUUUGUUAUAGAGAAACGCAAGGACCAAAGCAUAUCCCAUCCCCACCUAUGACCCCAAUUCAGUAUUUUUAUCUGUUUUUCACCACAUCCCUGCUAAAUUCCAUAGUGACCCAAACAAAUAAUUAUGCCAGGACUUUCCUCCAGAGCCAGAAAAAUAUUUCUCCUCACUCCCGGAUUCUAAAAUGGACGGAUGUUACAGUCACAGAAUUGAAAGGGUUCAUUGCCUGCCUUCUCAAUAUGGGAAUCAAAAGGCAGCCAACCAUUUCUUCAUAUUGGUCUGUGAGCCCAAGCCUAAAUAAUCCUUGGUUCCGUAGCAUGUUCUCACGCAACCGUUUUCAGCUCAUUUUGAAAUUUUUCCAUUUGGUGGAUAAUAAGAACUUGGCAGGCCCUGGACAACCCGGAUAUGACCCUUGCGCAAAAUUCCAACCACUGAUUGACCAUGCCAAUGCACUUUUCCGGCACCAUUAUGUGCCACAUCAACAACUUAGUGUUGACGAAAGUUUGGUUGGCACCAAAAUUCAUACACAAUUGAUGCAAUAUUUGCCUAAUAAACAUCAUCACCGAUGGGGCAUAAAAUUGUGGAUGUUGUGUGACUCAGUGUCCAAGUAUUGUGUAGCUUUUUUUGUAUAUCGGGGGGCCAAGGAUGUUGAAAAUAUAUCUGAAAGAAAAAGAUUUGGAUUAGCCUACACGGUGGUAAUGAAACUUUUGAAUAUGGGAAAUUGUCUCCGUAAAGGCCAUCACAUUUUCAUGGAUAUUUUUUUUACCAGCAUUCCCCUUGCUAAAGAACUUUACAAACUCCAGACAUUCGUAACCGGCACAGUCAGAAGAAACAGAAAAUAUUUGCCUGCAGCAUUUGGAAAUAAAUUUCAGAUCGGUCAAAAACGGUAUUUCCGAAGUGGUCCAAUUCUGACUGUAGCAUACCGUGAAAAAAAAUCUCAACGUUCCCCAGUUUUGCUCCUCUCCACCCAUGGUCAAGCUUCUGAAACAGAAUACACCCGAGUUCGUCGUGGUAAUAGAGAAACUUUAAAAAAACCCCAAAUUAUCCAUUCCUAUAACCAGUUCAUGGGUGGUAUAGAUACCUCAGACAUGAUGGUGUAUUCAUACCUCGAUGAACGUCGUACAGUGAAAUACUGGAAAAAGGUAUGCUUCAGUGUAUUUUCUCGAAUGCUGCUAAAUUCGUACAUCCUGUACAAAGAAAAUAUGACAGCUGGUUCGAAACCAAUGUCUCGUUUGGACUUCAAUAUCAAAAUUAUCGAAUCUCUGGGUGAAGAAUGGCUUCAGGAGAGAGGAACUGUACCUACAGCUGGACCAUCAGACGCGGGGGAAAAUAAGGAUAAAUAUUUGAGAAAGUUGCCCCCAAGAAAACUAAAGGAUUGUUGUGUUUGCAACAAGAGAAAACUGGGGAAAGGAGAGAGAAGAAGAUCUCGCACAAUAUGUGCAAAGUGUGAGAAGGGCCUGCACGGUGAAUGCUUUCCUGAACACAAAUGUGCCGGUGGUACAUAGUCCACUUUUGCUGUUUCACUGGUGCGAAUUCGAUGAGGGCGAGAACUGUAGUGUCUUACAAAUUUUUAAAUUAUGAAUAAACUAUUUCGUUUACAGUUUUCAAAUUUUAACACAAUGUACAAAAUGAAGGGCGCUAUCAGACAACAACAAUAGCACAAGAAUAUACAUUCAUCUCGCAACAACCGGGAAUUUUCCAGUUUUCUGACAUUAAAAAUGGGGCGCCGUUUCUUAGAUGGAGAUUCAGAAUUGGCUCGUUCUCUUUGUUUGUCACCAAUCAUAACAGCAGUAGGGCUGAAGACACGUGUUUCCAUCUCCUGCAAUCAUCACAUAUUGACCAGCAUAGCUGUAAGAGAUGAUUAUGAGCCAUGCCAGAACCUCGGAAUUAUGCGGAGAUGUAUUUACCUCUGGAGCAUGAUAAUAAGUGAUGUGAUGUUGAACAGCCCCCCAGAUCUUGUCUUCCAGCAAGAGGAGGUUUUGAAUAUGAAGAGGAAUUUAUAAAGUGGAUAUCAGAAAAUAAAAAGAAGCAGCAGCUUGUAAGGCAGGGAAAUGUCCAUGGACCCGGAGGUGGGACAGUGAAGAUGUUGAGUUGGGGGAAGGCCACAUAGCUGAGCUGAUCAUUGAGGAACUGCAGGAUCUUCAUGUGGAGCAGCAGCAAGAAGUGGCUGAAGAACUGUCUUCAGAGAAGGAGAAGGUAGACAGUAAGGGAAGCAUCCCCACUGCAGACAUUAAGGAACUGUUGCUCUAAACACAGAGCCUUGUAGAGAAGUGGCAUCCCAAUGUUGCAGUUGUGAACAGGAGUAUCAACUUGUUUAAUGAAAAUAUAAUGCAACAUUGCAUUGCUACAAGCCAGAAGUUCAUGGGUUCAAGUCCCGAUGAGG